AUGGCUUCGUUAUCGGUCGACUUGAUAGAUACCACCAGCCCUGCGCAACACACAAACCCUACAGGGACUUUAUCCGAUGGCCCCAAUGGCAUCAAACCCCUGGAUCUGAACCCAUCUCUGAAUGGUACCAAAGGUUCAAAUAAGAACGGCUUCCUCACCUCGGUGAAGGAUUAUACUCCGCCGCUCGAAGGUCACAAUGUAUCCUCUCACAAGCCGAACGAUGGUGCCGAGGUUGACACAAGGAUUGCCACUGCAAUACGAAUGAUCCUAGAAUGUCUCGGCGAGGACCCCAACCGAGACGGCCUCCUUCGAACCCCUCAGCGUUACGCCAAAGCCUUGAAAUUCUUCACCCAGGGCUACAGCAUUAGUCCCGCAGAUGUUGUCAAUGACGCAGUUUUCGAUGUUGACCACAGUGAGCUCGUUUUGGUCAAAGACAUCGAGAUCUUCAGUCUGUGCGAGCACCACCUGGUGCCUUUCAUGGGUAAAGUUACCUUCCCCAAGGUCGAGUUAUUGGCCUAUCUAAGCUCGCGCGGAUUGCUGAAGUCUACGCUCGUCGGCUCCAGGUUCAAGAGCGACUUACGCAGCAGGUCGCAAGGGCUAUUGAUGAGGUUUUGCACCCUCAAGGCGUGGCGGUGGUAG